AUGGAAGGCUUCCCGGAUACUAAUGCAACUCUUUCCCUCAAUACUCUCAAAGUCCAGUCAAUGACAGAAUUCAAUUUUAAGGAAAACAAAAGGGGAGAAGAUUACGAGCCGACGAUCGGAAUCGAAAAUUUGAUUGAGGGAACAUCAUCAAUACCUGAAGCUCUCUACAUUCUCCAUCAUUUCACUCAAUUCGCUGUCGAUCAAGCCACUUUAGCCACCCGGGCAACAGCUAAUCAAAAGGAAGCUGAAGCCCGAAUUGUGCAACUCGAGCAACAAUCGUUCAUCAAUGAGCAAUUGUUGGAGAGUGUCAUUAUCGAUCAUAAUAUUGUUGACGAGAUCUCUCGUGUCGUCGAGGCGCAGAAUCGUCGCAAAACGUCGCGAACUCAAUCAAGGGGAAGCUCAUCGGCAAGAGCAAACAGCCCAUCACAAGCUAAUGGAAAUGAUGAUUCUCCAUUGCACGACUACAAAGUGAGGAGAAGAACGGCGACAGCUGAUGAACUUUUGUAUCCACAAGAAGGGGAAACAAAUGGAACCACGAAUGAGACAGCGCUUCUAUCGGAAAGGAGCACAACAGAAGAUCGGCAUAAGAGGAGAAAUAAAAAGGGUCGAAUCGUGUCGGCGAGCGGGGGAGGAGUGAGAAUUGUGAAAACGGCUUUACUGGAUGGACAUGUGAAACCGGUGCUGUCGAUUGAUGGAAACGAGAAUUUCCUCAUCACUGGAUCAAAGGAUCGUUUGGCAAAAGUGUGGGAUCUGGAGCGGGGAGAAGAGAUCGCCACGCUUGGAGUUCAUCCGAAUAAUGUGCACGCUGUCAGAUUUGUGCCGAAUUCCCAUUUGGCCAUCUCAGCAUCGAUGUAUCAGAUGAGAGUUUGGGAUUUGAGGGAAAUGAAAUGCGUUCGUUUAUUGCAAAGCAGUGGACAAGUGGUUGAGGGUGACGGUGGGUCAAUCGGUUCUCGUCAAAAUACAGUACCCUUCCUUGAGACAGUCGUCAACGCUAUUGAAAUCGAUCCAACUGGUGAGCUUCUCUUUUCGUCAUUUUGCGGUGAUGUUCGAGUUUGGUGUCUCUCAAAGAUGGCCUCUUUCGGUCGAUUAGUUGGCGCAGCGCAUAGUCCCCGAUCUGAGGUGUCAUGUCUGUCCGUGGCGGUGAAUCCGGAAAGAAAUGUAUGUAAUGUGUUCACUGGAUCGAGGGAUCACUAUGUGAAAAUGUACGCUUUACCGACAACCGGUGAAGGGGUUCACGAAGCGGCCGUCGAAUUCAACCCACCCCAUUACGAUAAUGUGACCUGUAUCGUUUCCUAUGAUCAACACAUCUACACAGCCAGCAAGGAUAUGAAUAUUAUGAAGAUCAAUCUGGUUGAUAAUAAGAGGGAUCAUCUAGAGUUGAAAGCACAUAACAGCUAUGUACAGGGUCUUUGCUUGGCUCCACUCGGUUCAGAGACUUUAUUGGCAUCUUGUUGUAAAGAGGGAACGAUCAAAUUAUGGGAUGUCACAUCGACGAGAAGGAUGAGACUCGUUGAAACGAUCGAGAAAGCCCACUCCGAAUCGAUCAACAACAUUUGCCACUCGUCCGGUCUUCUCUUCACCGCAUCUAGUGACACGACUGUCGGCGUGUGGCGACCAAAUAUGUCACUC